UUGCGGGUGACGGCACCGGGAAGGGGCGGCAGGCUGGCGGCGGCCGCGGCAGUAAGAGCAACGGCCGUGGCAGCAAGAAGAAGGCGGGGACGGACGACCUGGUCGACCACCGGAGGUGUUUCCGGUGCAACCACCGCGGGCAUAGGAAGCCCGACUGCACCACGAAGGAGGAGGACUUCCUGGAGCAGUGCGACACGUGUUCGGGCUUUGGGCACAACAGCGAGAAGUGUGCGACACCCACGGAGGAAGCCGUGCAUGGCGGUAGUGGAGCAUGCCAACUUCGCGGUGGUGAGUUUCGAAGAGCAGUACGACCGCGCGGAGGAACUGUGCAAGAUGGAUCCUAGUUGGGAGAAGCUGACCGAAGACGAGAAGGAAGCAAAGGUGCAGGAAGUGAUAACUGAAAGUUUCUAGGGUGGACAGGUGGUGUUGCUAAUACGGUACGGCAGGUUGGCCGCAGGCCCUUAGCGCCGCUGAUUUGCGGUGGGGCGGGUGGACGAAGUCGCGCGGAGGUGGCGCGCAAGCACAGCAUGGACAGAGGGGCCAUGAAAGUCGCACAAUUGACGGUGCGCACUCCAUCGGCGGGAUAGGAGGCGGUGGAAAGCAGCGACGGUAGAGUGACCGUUGGGCAGAAUAGCCGGAGACACCCUACCAUGGAUUGACCGCGCGACGGCGUGUGGGGGGUGGGCGCCGCACUCGCUUGACGCGGGCGGUGUUUUCUCUAAGUUGAUCACAGGCACGGCAGAGUGGCCGUGCACGCCCUACCACGGUUGACACGCGCGACGGCGCGUCGGGGGGUGGGUGCCGCAUCACGCGUGAAGCGGGCGGCAUUUUUCAACCACAGCACGGACGGAGGGGCCGUGGCUUUCCUGCCUUGCCGUUUGGAGCCGGGGAGGUAGCACUUGAAGUCGCGCGGAGAUGGCGCGCAACCCAGCACGGACGGACGGGCCGUGGCUGUUCUGCCUCGUCGUUGGAGCGGGGGGGGGAAGCAUGUUUUGUCGCGCGGAGGUGGCGCGCAACCAUCAGCCGGAGGUGGGCAUUUGGGGUGAGGCACAGCGAUAUGGCGCUGUCAUCAAAGUCGCGUGGAGAGUCGCCGCGCGCAUUUCAUAAGCCGGGAAGGGACGAUGGAGAUCGGGAUCGGCAGGAUCGACUUGUGGACGAUCGAGGGCGCGCUUCAUCUUCACGAUUGGAACUGGUGGAGUGGACGGGCAAGCUUGAUAAUUUUUUUCUUGUGUUUUUUCUUUUUUCGACGCCAGUUUACAGGUGUCGGUAAAAUCCGAAUUUUUCAAGCGUUCUUGAUCUUGUUUCGUUUUUUUUUUUUUGUCGUUUCUUUUGACGGUAACUUUUUUUUGGUUGCCGAAUCCAGUGGUAAUUCUCACGUAUACGUGUUGUCGUUAUACAUCGUGAUGUACGCUUUUGCGCUUCUUGACCAUUUUUUUUUGUUGUGUCGAGGGCUCAUAUCAGUGACAGGUGUGUCGGUGAUGGUAGCAAAGUGGGGGGGGACGUUUUGUUUCUGAAGAUGGGUUUCGUGGAAAACCGGUUGUGUUUGAUUUGUUCUUCAGCAGAAACAGGAUGUUUGUGGUUCUGGUUUGGUGGUGGAUCGCGCUCGGUUGAUCCCAAAAGAGGGAGAACGUACCUGUCUGAUGAAGUUUUGAUGCGGAAUGCAGUUAGGCAGGGAGGGCGUUGCUCGUACAUGUGUGUGAUACACGAAUCAGUGUUGGUGCUGCACAAGGAUCUUGUUUCAUCAUUCAAGAACGAUUUUGCCAGGAGCGUACCUCGUGGUUGGAGAGUAGAGCGUUGCUUAGAAAAUCGUAAUCCGCAUGUUUGGUGUACGUCGCUUUUGUUUUGAUCUUGCAGUACAGCCGUUGGAAUCAUAGAUGACAUGGACGGUUCGCUUAAUUUUGUUUGAGCCGUUGGACGUCGAGGGGUUUUGAUCCGGCGGCCGGGUUUCCCCUUGGUUUUAUUUUCUUGGUUGUGUUGCAGCUAUUUUGGCAUAGCUCCGACGCACGAGUGGUUCUUCGAUGGUGCAAAGAACCAGGGAGGGUGUUCGUA